AUGGCGGCCGCUGGGUCGGACCAACUCGACUUGUCCCUCCGCCUGCAGCGCGCCCUCCUCUCACCCCAGCCACUCCAGGCCCUGCGCCGGCAGCGACCCACAAUGUCAUCCUCCACCACCAUGCCGUCCAUUAACAUUUCCGUGCUCGACGACAGUGCUUCUCGCGAGCCAGCUACCCUCCCAGCUCCUGCCACCCCCGUUGCCAUGACCCCCUUUCCCCACAACUUCCUCCUCGACAUGGCUGACGAAGACGGGCCAGACGAGCUGGACAACUGGCUCUCCCCCUUCAAAUUCAUCAAGGUGGCCACCGAAACCACGGUUGCGGCCAAAGUUCCACCCGCCAAUAGCGCCUUCACCCUGGCCACCACGCCGCCUGCCAGCCAUCCCGGAGGUCUCCGAGUGCCCAACGCCAUUCCCUGGCUGACCCCCCAGCCGCAGCGUGGGCGCCACUAUCACUCCUCUGCAGCCCGCCACGCCUGCAGCACGUCGCGCGGCCUCCGCAAUCACCAACGGCGUCGACGCCAAGCAGUGGCCGUACCCCGCCUCGAGCUCCCAAGCCUCAUCGAAGACGACGUGCCCACGACCACCGUCCCGGCCCGCGUCGCCUCCCACAUGCUCUUUGUCGUCACUGCUGACGUCUGGGAACGCUGCACUGGCUCCCGUCCCGCCAACCCAUUUGUCCUCUGCCGAUGCCAAUCUGCCCACGACACCAGCUUGACCCUCAUCCCGCUACAAGCCACCUCCGAUCAAACUCCCCACAGCGUUGCCGUCCCUCGUGCCGACGCCCUCACCCUCACGCAGUGGGCACGCAAUCAUGUCACCACCCGGCGACAGACGUCUUCAAACUUGCAGCCCAGGCCCUCCGAGGGCCCACAAGCCAACCGUGCCUUGCCCAUCGCUGCGCCCUCUCACAACACGGAUCCCUCAAAACCUCUCAUCAAGCGUCGCCGCUUGCCCGCCCUGCCUGCCGCCCGUCACAAGCUGCCUUCCCGCGUGUCCAGGCCCGCUCAGUCCACCCGAAUCAUUGCCGUCGCCCCUCGGAACCCCCAAACGCCCGUGGCCACAGCAGCCCAGCGUCAGCGCCCCGGCUCGCCACGUCCUUAUGAGGCCGGUCCCUCGACCGAGAUUACGACUCCAACCCCGUCGGCCUCGCCAACCAUCCAGCCCAAUGAAGCCAAGGAGCUGCCACAUUCAGCGCAGUGCCUAGGCCUGCGCCUCUCCGGUCGGCAACUGCAAGUACUACGCGAAAUUGUGGCCACAGAACGUAGCUAUCUCCAUGAAUUGGAGACCAUCGUUCAUCACUUUUACUACCAGCUCAAAUCCCACAAAACCGUUCGCCAAGUCAUGUCUGACGCAGAUAUGGCGACCGUCUUUGGUAACACGGAGAUCCUGGCCCUGCACGCGCGCAACCUCGUCGCAGACUUUACCACAUGGGAAGGGACGAUCAAGAAGGACCUGACGAACGGCAACCUGGCUUCAUCCCACGAUUCUGACGCAGACGGGGGUCUAUACAUAUCGUCGGCCCCGAUCGCCCUCUCCUUACCAGGCCUUUUACUGCGACACAACGAAUAUUUUAAAGCGCACGAGGCCUUUUGCAAGCAGCAGGCGGCCUCUGGCUCGGUGGUCUCUCGCUUGCGCGCGCGCCAUGCCAGCCUUCAUACGUUCUUGACCAAGCUCGAGAUGGCUUCGGUUGUCAAGCCCGGCUUGCGUCUUCAGGAUCUCAUGCUUGUGCCCAUGCAGCGGCUUAGCCGCUACCCACUACUGCUCGAAAAGCUCCUCAGCUACACGCCGGCGACUAGCAAGCUAGGCCCUUAUGUGGAAGAGGCUCUGCGCCUGGCUCUGCAAUACCUGCAGCACACCAACGAGGAAGCCCGUCUCGAGGCAGGAGAUCGCAAAAUCCAAGCCCUCGUGCAGCGGGUGCCCAGCUGCCCAGAUCUUUGCAGCUGGUUGGAACGCAUUGACACCCAGUAUCUGGACGAAUUUGCUGUGCGCAUCAGUGCGGGCAAGCACCGACGCGUGCGGGGAGUCUGUUAUCUCUUCUCCACAGCGCUGCUUCUCGCUCGUCCCGCACGGCCACUCUCGCUGCUGUCUGCCCGCCGCAGCUUUGGCAGCGCCAGUAGCCUGCUUUCGUCGCAGGCAGAGCUGCGACCCAUCGUGCAUCUCAGCCUGCAGCACGUGCUGCUUCUGCCGGCGAGCCUCAAGGCCAGUCACGUUCAGUGGGUGGACAUGCAAACGGGCCACGAAGUAACCCUCGAAACGAAUGAUGAAAUGGUGGCCAACAAGUUGCGUGCAACCCUCUCCGAAGCCUUGUCUACGCAGGGACGCUGGCGCCGUCGGCGCAAUGGCGUCAGCCAUGAUGAUGUGACGCCUCUCAGUGCCCUCCAGGCGCAUCGGGCCGAGCUUGCUGCCCCGUCGCUGGCCGCUCGACAGUCGACGGAGGACAUUGUGGCUUGGGCCACCCUGUCCCAAGCCCCAUCCAGCCGGGCGACGGAGGAGAGCCCCAGCGUCACCCCAGCAAGUACUUGUGAUCUUGUUUCGUCCGGUACUGCCUCAGCACCCGAGUUUACCACCCCACCUCCGUCGCGGAAUGAAGCUCUUUUGCGAUCACGGCGGAACAAGAUCCCCACCCCUCGUGUGCGAACGCCGUUUCGGGAGAGCGGGGUGGCACCCCAUCCUGCAAGCGUCAGCUCUCCGCUGAGUACGAUCCUGACCGCAACCUCACAACUCGCGCCUGGCGUCUCACGGUCGUUGACACCGCCCCCAGUGGCUAUGCGACAGCGUAGCAUGGUGGUGUUGAGCCGACCGAGUGGCUCUGCGGGGAGUCGUCCACGUGCGCUUUCUGGCGUGUUCAAGAGUAAGAGCGCCGAAAACCUGACCACCAAGAGUGGUGGUUUUCAACAGUGUUUUGUCUAA